AUGACUUGCCUCCCUGAGGUGCAUGCCUGCCUGCUCUGCUUUGGGCCCCCCAUUCAGCGGGCACGGCUUUGCAGUUACGUUACUGGGGCCCCUGUCAAUCACCCCAGACAUAAAAAAUGCCAUGAGGACCUUAUUGAAGCUGCUAAACCACUUGCCUCCAUCACUGUAGGGUCAGGACAGCGUGAGGAACUUCGGGACAUCGUCAUGGAUGCUUUGCAUUUUAUAGAGGAGCAAAAGGCAAAUAAACCCCUGAACGAGUCUCUGCAGGAAGCUAUCAACACAAUCUGGGCGAAGUUGAGCGAGCUGGGGAAAGUUCCAGCCUGCAUCCCACCCUGUGGAUUCCAGCCAGCUGCCCGUGUCUUCCAGUGUGCUACCUGCCGCUUUGUGGACUGUCAGUUUGCCCUGGACUGCCCAGUGCAGGACCUGUGGACCUACACAGAUGAAACCAUUGUGCUGCACUGCAAGGUGCCUUUCACCAUCCCCACCGGCCUGCCCGUCACCUGGCUCUUUGUCCCAGAUCUGCGCACACAGGACAUGACACUGUUCAGGAAGCUGAAUGGGAAUCCAGAGAAGCCCUUCAGUCUGACCAUUGAGGAGCCUGCUCCAGGAACCGUUGCCUGUAGCCUGGGGGAACCUUCCAAGCCCAUUGUCCGCAAGUUCUUCUACCUGAACGCUCAGUGUCUUCUGCUCCUUGCUUCCCUGCUCAUCUUGGCUGCACCAGGCCAUUCUGUGCACACACGAACUCUAAACACCUUCAAGAAAUCUCCCUCCAACUCUUCAUCGAGUGCUCUGAAGAGAACCACUUGGCCCAGGGACUGCAGUGAGGUCCCUGCUGGCAGCUCCAGCGGUGUCUACAUCAUCCAGCCUGUGGGACUGCACCCCAUAAUGGUGUACUGCGAGCUGGGUGGGGCAGACAGGGGCUGGACUGUCAUCCAGAGGAACCGGCAGGACACGGAUAUCACCUGGGCCGAGUCCUGGAGCACCUACAAACAUGGUUUUGGGAAUGUGCACUCUGAGUUCUGGCUGGGCACCGAGUACAUCCACCAGAUCACCAGGCAGAAGAUCUACCAGGUCAGGUUUGUCAUCUGGGAUGCUGCAAACAACAUGAGGUUCGCAGACUACAACCUGUUCAGCCUGGAUGAUGAGUCCCAGGGCUACCGGCUCAGGCUGGGAACGCACUCAGGGACAGCAGAGGAUGCCAUGGACUCAGACAAUCCCAGGAAAGUGCACAACAAUAUGAAGUUCUCCACGAAGGAUCGGGAUCAGGACACUUACAGGGGGAACUGUGCCUCACGCUAUGGGGGUGGCUGGUGGUACUCAGCCUGUUACUCUGUGCAGCUGAAUGUCAAGGGGGGCCUGACAUGGGGCAGCCUGUGCAAGGGGAACUGUAAAGCCUCAGCCAUCCUCAUCAAACCAACUGCAUACCACUAGACCUCCUUCCCCUUCUGUCCACAUGGCCAGGCCAGUGCCCCAUUUGAUGAUGAGGCCCUGGGGGUGAAUAGGGUUGUUCUUCUAUAUCAGGAACUGCUUUGUUUUCCUCCUGUCCUGAAAAGUAGCAAAGCUCCUGGCUCUGGCUCUGGCCUUUCACCUGUGGUGGAGUUUG